ACUUCACUUCCGGUCUGCUGUUGCCCUACGACGCUUUUCCUUUUUUCUUUUAAAUAUACCUACGUAUUCAGUGCAUUCCAACGUCUCUGAACGAGCGUAAAAUAAUAUUUACAUACAACAAGGUGCACGUACCUAGUAAAUACGAGUAAAUACCAUAAGAAUGGCGACUGCCGUCCCUUCACGGUUUGCUGUCUUGAGUAUGGAGGAUGAUGAUUACAAGCCGAAAAAGAGCCAGAAAACUACGGUCAAAACUACAAAUACAAAAAAUAAACAUGACAAAUCUGCAGCUACCUCAAAACAACAACCUAAAAAAGACGAGAAAAAAAAACAGAGCAAGGGAAAGAAAAAUAAAAACAAUGAGGAUCGUCAAUGGGAGCAGUGGAAACAAAAAGAUUCAAUGGCUGUCGAGGAAACAUACGAGCAAGAGCUGCAUCAGGCGAUAUUGUUAUCGAAGCUAGCGUACGAGGCACAAGUAGAUACUACAGGUAAAGCUAAAGAAGACUCGGAACAAUCGAAGAAAAACUUGAACGGCAAAAAGUCCAAGAAAGCUACGAUGUCUCUGGAAGAAUUCAACAACCUGGGGGCAACACCUGCGCCAAAUACAGAUUCUGCCCCUGAGAGUGGAGAUUGUAAACCUAAAGAAUCAGAUGUUGAAUUUUUUGACAGGAUCAAAAAGGAAACGAUGAGUGAAAUUACCAGAGAGAAAGAAAAGGACAUAUUAAAAUCAAGGCAGAAUCAAAUUGAUGAAGAUAUAACCUCAGCUCAGUUAAGGGUCGAGGUGGAAAAGAGAGAUGAAUUAGUUGCGCAAUUGAAAGAUGAAGUUCAAACACUGAAAGAUGAAUUAAGACAAGUCAAAAAAAGAAAUAAGAAACUCUACGAAAUUUUAUCUCAAGGGGAAAUGAAGGACAAAGCAUCGGUGUUGGUCGAGGUUGCCAAACUUCAAGAAAUUCGUGACGAAUUAACAACCGAAGUGGCAUCUCUUCAUGCACUACUCGAACAGGAAAGAUCAAAAACCAGAGCUUCCAGCGCAGAUCCAAAGACGACUAAGCAAACUAAUAAAAAGAGGCCUGCAAGUGAAAAUGCUUGAAUUAUCUAUCUGCCAGCACGUUGAAUAAUGUCAUUGUGAUCCAUUAACUGUGAAUGUAAUUGUGAUGAAGGAAGGUUAUUCAAUGUAAGACUAUUGGAAAAAUGAAGUAAAAAAGAACCCGUACCAGAAGCAUUGAUAAUGUUUGUUUAGAGUAAGAAAAUUUAUUUAGAUCGUCGUUUUUAUAAACACCAAAAUUGAAAACCUCAACUAUUUAAAGAUAGGAGGUACGCUAUCAAAAUGAGAUUUAUGUUAUGGCGAGACCAAGAGUAAUAUUCUAUUUUGUUCAAUUUUUUAAUUUUAAUCCUUGUUUUCAAUAAAGUUUAUGCCAUAGCAAACAUAUUUCUCGUAAUUAUCAUACUGAUUGUUAUACAUAUACAUACAUAUUUAUAGUGACGUAUCAGAGGAAAACAAUCUGUCUUACAUGCUCUUCUACUUUCUGUCGAACCGAUGCAGUCACUUUAUAACAAAGUACUCACAGACUUUUUCCCUCUGAACGGCAAGUUACUGAAAAGUAUUAUUUGGGAUAUUUUGUAAUAAAAAUAUUAUAUGUAACGUAA